GGCACCUGGGAAGUUCUGCAGAGGCUGAGUGGAGCUUGGGGAGCAUGGCUGAAGCAGAGCUCCCAGCCUUGGGGGGGGAUGCAGCUCCUCAGGUGGGAUGCUUCUCCCUGCUUCCCUGGGGGGUUUUCCCUGGGGGAUUCUGAUCCAUCCCAGCAGCUGCUGCCUUUCCUCAGCCUCUGAGCUGGAACCUGGGUCAAGCAAUGAGGAGAUUUGUUUACUGCAAGGUGGUUCUGGCCACUUCUCUCAUCUGGGUGCUGGUGGAUGUCUUCUUACUCCUCUACUUCAGUGAAUGUAAUAAAUGUGAUGACAAGAAAGAGAGGUCUCUGCUGCCAGCUCUGAGGGCUGUUAUUUCCCGGAACCAGGAGGGACCAGGAGAGAUGGGGAAGGCUGUGCUCAUUCCCAAGGAGGAGCAGGAGAAGAUGAAGGAGCUGUUCAAGAUCAACCAGUUUAACCUGAUGGCCAGUGACCUGAUUGCCCUGAACCGGAGUUUGCCCGACGUGAGACUGGAUGGGUGCAAGACCAAAGUGUACCCUGAUGAGCUGCCCAACACCAGUGUAGUCAUCGUGUUCCACAACGAAGCCUGGAGCACCCUGCUCAGGACCAUCCACAGCGUCAUCAGCCGCUCAGCCCCCCGCCUGCUGGCGGAGAUCAUCCUGGUGGACGAUGCCAGUGAGAGAGAGUUUCUGAAGGCCCCCUUAGAGCACUACGUGCAGGCCCUGGAGGUGCCCAUCAGGAUCAUCCGGAUGGAGCAGAGGUCGGGGCUGAUCCGCGCACGGCUGCGGGGAGCAGCAGCAUCCCGGGGGCAGGUGAUCACCUUCCUGGAUGCCCACUGCGAGUGCACGCUGGGCUGGCUGGAGCCUCUGCUGGCCAGGAUCCAGGAGGACAGGAGAACUGUGGUGUGCCCCAUCAUUGAUGUGAUCAGUGAUGACACCUUUGAGUACAUGGCUGGCUCAGACAUGACCUAUGGGGGCUUCAACUGGAAGCUGAACUUCCGCUGGUACCCGGUGCCCCAGCGAGAGAUGGACAGGAGGAAGGGGGACAGGACCCUGCCUGUCAGGACCCCUACUAUGGCUGGUGGCCUAUUUUCUAUUGACAGAAACUACUUUGAAGAGAUAGGAACUUACGAUGCAGGAAUGGAUAUCUGGGGUGGCGAGAAUCUUGAAAUGUCUUUUAGGAUCUGGCAGUGUGGUGGCUCCCUGGAGAUUGUCACCUGCUCCCACGUUGGGCACGUCUUCAGAAAGGCCACUCCAUACACCUUCCCUGGGGGCACGGGCCAUGUCAUCAACAAGAACAACAGGAGGCUGGCAGAGGUCUGGAUGGAUGAGUUCAAGGACUUCUUCUACAUUAUAUCCCCAGGAGUUGUGAAGGUGGAUUAUGGUGACGUGUCCAUGAGAAAAGCCCUGAGAGAGAGCCUGAAGUGCAAACCCUUCUCCUGGUACCUGGAGCACAUCUACCCCGACUCCCAGAUCCCCCGGCGCUACUUCUCACUCGGCGAGAUCAGGAACGUUGAAACCAACCAGUGUUUGGACAACAUGGGCCGCAAGGAAAAUGAGAAAGUGGGAAUCUUCAACUGCCAUGGCAUGGGAGGAAACCAGGUGUUCUCCUACACUGCUGACAAGGAGAUCCGUACAGAUGACCUGUGCCUGGAUGUCUCCAGGCUGAAUGGCCCCGUCCUGAUGCUGAAGUGCCACCACAUGAGGGGGAACCAGCUCUGGGAAUACGAUGCUGAGAAGCUGACCCUGAGGCACGUCAACAGCAACCAGUGUCUGGCUGAGCCAUCCGAGGAGGACAAACUGGUGCCCACCAUGAGAGAGUGUGUGGAGGGGCGGUCCCAGCAGUGGCUGCUGCGCAACAUGACCCUGGGAGCAUGAACUG